UCCGAGAAGAGUGUAUGCCGUAGAAAUCAUAACAUACUCGGGAGUCCCUCCGCUUCUCUCCGCUCCCCGUUUCUCCAUCGCCAGCCGGAGAUGUCUAAACUUGCGGGCGACGGGGAGAGGGAAUGGGAGGAAGUGGGAGGAAUGGUGCCGGUGGGGAGGAGCUUGCAAGGGGAGAAGGUGAUUCUGGUGCCCUACAUGAGGGAGCACGUGCCCACGUACCACAGGUGGAUGCAGGACCCCGCCCUCCUCGCCGCCACCGCCUCCGAGCCCCUCACCCUCCACCAGGAGUACCAGAUGCACGGCUCCUGGACCCAGGAUCCCCUCAAGCAUACUUUUAUAUUGCUAGACAAGCAGCUGAUCCAGGGUGGUUUUGUCCCUGGGGACCCCCACGUCGAAGCUAUGGUUGGUGAUGUGAAUAUAUACAUGAAUGAUCCUGAUGACUUGCAUAUUGCAGAAAUAGAGAUUAUGAUUGCUGAACUGACAAGUCGCCAGAAGGGGCUUGGAAAAGAAUCUAUCUUGAUGAUGAUGGCUUUUGCAGUUGAGAGAUAUGGAAUUCAUACUUUUCGUGCCAAAAUCGCAGAAUCAAAUGCAGCAUCAAUUAAUCUUUUUAGGAAAUUGGGAUAUGUUGAUGCUUCUUAUAGUGAAGUCUUUAAGGAGGUUACUCUGGAGGUGCCUGUAAGAGAGCUUUCAAUUAAAGGUCCAGAGACAUAACAAGGAAACAACAGGGAUCAGCACAAUUCAGUCGACCCCACACUAGAGUCUCAUUGGCGAGUUGAAGCAGCAUGGUCGAUCAAGAUUCGACUACUCAACAACAGUGGUUGAGUUUAGUUGGGAGCCAAAAGGCGCAUUGCAACUGGAGCAGAAGAUUGAAAACUCAGCAAAGGCAAGGAGAUGCAGCAUCCGCAAAGGCUUCGAUGAGGACGUCGAAGGAAUAAGUGGGGAAGAAUGUCACGGACAAAACUGUAAACGGGGUGUUUGAUGUAAUGCUCAUGUAUGUUUGUGUCUUUCGGUUUUGUUCAUUUUUUGUACUGUAAGUAAAGGGCUGAUAGUAGGCUUAGCAGCCCUAUUUUCUUUGGUUUUGGUGCCCGUCUUAGGUUUGUAAACAAAGGUUGUGUCAUGUGGGCACUUGUUAGAAUUACGAUCUGUAGUGAACCAUUUUGGACCCUUUAUUGUGCAACCGUUCAGAACUUGUGAAGUAUGUUUGUAAUUUGCAUUGGCUACGAAGUGUUUGUUAAAAUGAUCGCUUGUGGAUCCAUAGUGAAAUGCUUUC